AACAUAUACCCCGCACCGCCAAAAUGGAAUACGUCAACCUCGGCAAGUCCGGCCUCAAAAUCUCCAAAAUCAUCCUCGGCUGCAUGUCCUACGGCACCCCCGCCUGGCAAGACUGGGUGCUCGACGAAUCCACCGCGCUCCCCCUCAUCGAACACGCCUACAACCGCGGCAUCAACACCUGGGACACAGCCGACAUCUACUCGCACGGCGUAUCCGAGGAAAUCCUCGGCAAGGCGCUGCGCCAGUACAACAUCCCGCGCAACCGCGUCGUCAUUCUCACCAAGUGCUACUUUGGCGUCGACGACGCGGGCGGCCAGCCUCCUAUCUCGACGUCGGGAAGGAAUGAGGGGAAGUUUGUGAAUCGCGUGGGGCUGUCGCGGAAGCAUAUUUUUGAUGCGGUUGAGGAGAGUGUGCAGCGCCUCGGGACGUAUAUUGAUGUGUUGCAGAUACAUCGCCUGGAUCGGGACACGCCGAGGGAGGAGAUCAUGAGGGCGUUGAAUGAUGUUGUUGAGAGUGGGAAGGUUAGGUAUAUUGGGGCUAGUACUAUGGCAGCCUGGGAAUUCCAAACCCUCCAAAACAUAGCCACCCAAAACGGAUGGCACAAAUUCAUCAGCAUGCAAAACUACCACAACCUGCUGGCCCGCGAAGAAGAGCGCGAAAUGAUCCCCUACUGCAACGACUCCGGCGUGGGCCUCAUCCCGUGCGCGCGGUCGUCGACGCGCGAGGCGACGGACGGGGCGCUGAAGAUGCUUGUGCGCGGGCGGGAGAGCGAAGCUGACAAGGCGAUUGUGGAGCGCGUGGAGGAGGUUGCGAGGAAGAGGGGGCUUUCGAUGGCGCAGGUGGCGAUUGCGUGGUCGUUGGGUCGGAGGGGUGUGAAUCCCAUUUUAGGGCUCUCGUCGAAGGAGAGGAUUGAUGAGGCUGUUGAGGCUACGAAGGUUGUUUUGAGUCCUGAGGAGAUUGCGUAUCUUGAGGAGAUGUAUGUGCCGAAGGGGUUGACUGCUUUGGAGAGGUAGAUUAUACAUACAUAUAGUAUGAGUGGUUAGGUUUAGG